AUGAAGCUAGACACCUCUCUAGCUAUAAUCUUCGGCACAGUGACCGUUCUUCAAGUUCUUGGUGCGCUGGUCAAAUUCAUCAUGAGAUUAUUCCAUCGACGAAGGCUUGGAGAAAACGAAAAUGAGGACAACUACGACCUCGAACCAGGACCCCCAUCCACCAUCUCCCGAACAACACAGCUACCGCACUCAACAGGUGUAGAGCUCGACACCCUAGCUCCUCCUCGAGAUCCGUCUUAUUUGGACUGGCCCGUGCUGCCGUCUCCGUAUGAUGAAAGCAGCCGUGAGCAGAGGGAGUGGGGAGCCUUAUGACCUAGAGAGAUGUUACAUGGUUGUUUCUUUUCAACCCAUAUAUAGGGAGACGCCAUCACAAAAGCUGGGGAAGGUUUCGUUCAUGUAUCAACUAUGUUCUUACCGUGUCGCCUGGCUCGAGAGGACGGGGGUGUAUACCAGUGGGGUCUUCUCGAGAGCCUCACACUUCUCAUCAGUACACUGGUGACAAGCUCCAGCAAAGUCUCCGUCCGUCAAGUGACAUUGGUGAAGAAGUGGGUGUUAAGCAUCGUGAUUGAGUUAUUGGGAUGGUAAAAGGUAUCUCUAUUGCAAGGGAGUUUCAUUGCAUUACUGUACACUUCCACUGCUCAUCAAUCUUCGUCUUACAAAGCACCCUAGGUUCAUGGC